GCCGCGGCACCGGCCAUGAGCAGCUUCCAGCUGGAAGACUUUGCGGCUGGCUGGAUCGGAGGUGCAGCCAGUGUCAUUGUUGGCCACCCUCUGGACACAGUCAAGACUCGCCUGCAGGCCGGCGUUGGCUACGGAAAUACCCUCAGCUGCAUCCGUACCGUGUACAGGAGGGAGAGUGUGUUCGGCUUCUUCAAGGGCAUGUCCUUCCCCCUCGCCAGCAUCGCCGUCUACAACUCGGUGGUGUUUGGGGUCUUCAGUAACACGCAGAGGUUCCUCAGCUGGCACCACUGCAGGGAGCCUGAGGCCAGCCCGUCCCGCACCCUGUCUGACCUGCUGCUGGCCAGCAUGGUGGCCGGGGUGGUCUCUGUGGGGCUGGGCGCGCCCGUGGACCUCAUCAAGAUCCGGCUGCAGAUGCAAACACAGCCAUUUCAGGAAGAGAACCUCAGUUUGAAGCCCAGGGCGGUGGCUCUUGGAGAGCAGCCAGCCUACCAGGGGCCUGUGCAUUGCAUCACAACCAUUGUGCGGACGGAGGGCCUGGCAGGGCUGUACCGGGGCGCCAGUGCCAUGCUGCUGAGGGACGUCCCGGGCUACUGCCUCUACUUCAUCCCCUAUGUGUUCCUGAGUGAGUGGAUCACACCCGAGGCCUGUGCAGGCCCCAGCACCUGCGCCGUGUGGCUGGCCGGUGGCAUGGCUGGAGCAAUUUCUUGGGGGACAGCGACUCCUAUGGAUGUCGUGAAAAGUCGACUCCAAGCUGACGGGGUUAAUUUAAACAAAUACAAAGGUGUCCUGGACUGUAUCGCCCAGAGUUACCAGAAGGAAGGUCUUAAAGUGUUUUUCAGAGGCAUCACCGUGAACGCUGUGCGGGGCUUCCCCAUGAGCGCGGCCAUGUUCCUUGGGUAUGAGCUCUCGCUGCAGGCCAUCCGCGGGGACCACGCGGUGACCAGCCCCUGAGCGCCAGGGCCAUUGUCACCUGACCAGGUCUGGUGCCACCUGACCAGGGCUUCAUGCCGCUACUGACAGCAGCAUCUCCAGACCCUGGGUAGUGAAUUUACUGAAGAGAGAGAAGGCCUCCCUGUCGCCCCGGCUCUGUGCCAGGUGCGCCCUCAGCCAUCUGCACUGACUUCCGAAUCCCUUCUUUCCCAACUGCAAGCACUUUGUCUCUUACUCCCGGCUGGGGCCACUGAGCUGCUGCCUCGGAGGGACCAUCAAUCGGUCACCAUCUGUUUCAGGUCCACACUGGCACCUGGUGAACAGCGGGGUAAAGUAGACCCUGCCCCCAUGGCUGCUGUAAACUCCUGGGAAUUCACGGG